AUGGCCGAAGAUGUACCACCAAACUACAGCGGGUACUUGAUGGAUUCAAGGCCAAAAGAACUCACGAUACACGGCAAGAGUUAUCAAACGGACUCAUGGACCAACGUCCCGAGUACUAUCUUGGAAACCGUGUCACGAAAGCUGCACCAACAGGAUAAUCAUCCAAUCUCAAUCACAAGGAAGUUGAUCGAGUCUCGUUUCCCAGGCUAUCAGCAUCACAAUGACUUCUUCCCGGUGGUAACCGUGGGCCAAAACUUCGACUCAUUGGGCUUCCCUCUGGAUCACCCUGGACGCAGUCGGACAGACACUUACUAUAUCAAUAAGCACACUGUGCUACGGACGCAUACAUCUGCACACCAGGCUGAUGUGUUUCGUGCAAACACAAGCUCGGGAUUCACUAUCUCAGCCGAUGUCUACCGUAGAGAUGCUAUUGACCGCUCACACUAUCCUGUCUUCCACCAGAUGGAGGGCGCCAUGACAUGGGAUCGCAAUGCCGUACCUGAGGGAAAGACACUUGCACAGCUGAUCUGGGAGGACGUAGAGAAGCUGCCCAAGCCCGAUAUCGUUGUUGAAGAUCCCAACCCUACCACUCACCCUGAACGUAACCCUUUGCAAAAACCUCAUACUCAAGAAGAGGCCGAGGCUGUUGCUGCUCAUCUCAAGCGCUCCCUGGAGAACGUCGUUGUUGAGAUCUUCUCAAAAGCCAAGGAAGCAGCAGCAGCGUCCACCAUCGACGAAGUCCGCAACCAAGCUCAAUCACAAGAACCGCUCAAGGUCCGCUGGAUUGAAGCAUACUUCCCCUUCACCUCACCCUCAUGGGAGCUCGAAAUCUUCUGGCAGGGAGACUGGCUCGAAGUUCUCGGCUGUGGUGUCAUUUCUCAGCCACUUCUCGACAACGCUGACGCACCAUCAAGAGUCGGCUGGGCUUUCGGCAUCGGUCUUGAAAGAAUUGCCAUGCUCCUCUAUGAGAUUCCCGACAUUCGUCUGUUCUGGAGCAAAGACUCUCGCUUUUUGUCUCAGUUCGAUGAGAAGAAGAUUUGCCGCUUCGUGCCUUUCUCCAAGUAUCCCGCUGCACCCCGCGAUGUCGCCUUCUGGUUGCCAAAGGUUGUUCCUCAGGAUGAUGUUGUUACUGCCACCGCUUCGAACACAUCUACCUCGCCUUCUCCUGCCGGAGGCCUCGCAUCUGAAGCAGCAGCUGCACCGACCCUUGCGUUCCAUGAAAAUGACAUUAUGGAAAUUGUGCGUAGCGCUGCUGGAGACUCGGUCGAGGACGUUACUUUGGUUGAUGAGUUCACUCACCCAAAGACUGGACGUAGAAGUCUGUGUUACAGAAUCAACUACCGCAGUCUUGAGAGCACAUUGACCAAGGAACAAGCUAACGACAUGCAUGACAAGAUUCGACAAGAAUUGGUUAGCAAGUUUGGUGUGGAGUUAAGAUAG